GGUGAUGACGAGGUGAAAAUGGCGGAUCUUUCGAAAUACAAUCCCGGCCCCUGACAUACCAAGGCGGCGGCGGCAGCGGCAGCGUCGCCACCCGGGCUCCGUGCUCAGCCCCGGGCUCCCCGGGGCGCCCCACUUCGGGCUUACCGGGAUAGGAAGCAUCUGGCCAGAGCUGCCGUGCGCGGGCAGAGCAGGCGCCGCCGGGCUCGGAACUGCCCGGGACCUUCUGGAGCCCCCACCUCGGAGCCCGAGGGAGGAGAAAGCGGCAGCCGCUGGAGUGCCUGGUCAACUUUCUAGCAGGAGAACGAUCAUGGAGGUGGUGCCAGCUGAGGUGAAUAGCUUGCUUCCAGAGGAGAUAAUGGACACUGGUAUUACUUUAGUGGAUGAUGAUAGUAUUGAGGCUGUUAUUGUUUCAUCCCCAAUUCCCAUGGAGACAGAACUGGAAGAAAUUGUCAACAUAAAUUCUACUGGUGACUCUACAGCCACGCCCAUUUCCACGGAACCAAUCACAGUGUACAGUAACCACACUAACCAAGUUGCAGUGAAUACCACAAUUACUAAAGCAGAUUCUAAUACCACAGUGAAACCAGCUUUUCCAAGUGGCCUUCAAAAACUUGGUGCUCAGACUCCUGUGACUAUAUCUGCCAAUCAGAUUAUUUUAAACAAAGUAUCACAGACAUCUGAUCUUAAACUUGGCAAUCAGACCCUUAAACCAGAUGGACAGAAGUUAAUUUUAACAACUUUGGGCAAGUCUGGUUCACCAAUUGUUUUAGCACUACCCCAUAGCCAACUACCCCAGGCACAGAAAGUUACAACUCAGGCCCAGUCAGGAGAUGCUAAGUUACCACCGCAACAAAUUAAAGUAGUUACCAUUGGAGGGAGGCCAGAGGUGAAACCUGUCAUUGGUGUCUCAGCAUUGACCCCAGGAAAUCAACUGAUUAAUACUACAACUCAGCCCUCUGUGUUACAGACCCAACAGUUAAAAACAGUACAGAUUGCUAAGAAGCCUCGAACACCAACCUCUGGUCCAGUAAUUACGAAGCUGAUCUUUGCAAAACCAAUUAAUAGUAAAGCAGUUACAGGACAGACAACUCAAGUAUCACCACCAGUCAUUGCAGGUAGGGUUCUUUCACAGUCUACUCCCGGGACUCCAUCAAAGACCAUAACAAUAUCUGAAAGUGGUGUUAUUGGAUCAACUUUAAAUUCUACAACACAGACACCAAAUAAAAUAGCCAUCUCACCUUUGAAAUCGCCAAAUAAGGCAGUGAAAUCAGCUGUGCAGACCAUCACUGUUGGAGGCGUGAGCACAUCACAAUUUAAGACAAUUAUUCCUCUGGCAACUGCUCCCAAUGUCCAGCAGAUCCAAGUGCCUGGAAGCAAGUUUCAUUAUGUCCGACUUGUUACUGCCACAACUGCCAGUAGCUCAACCCAGCCAGGUAGUCAGAAUCCCAGUACAAACACUCAGCCUCUUCAGCAAGCAAAGCCUGUGGUUAGCACCACUCCAGUGCGGAUGUCAGUUCCACUUACACAGACUGUCAAACAAGUUGUUCCAAAACCAAUCAACCCAGCUUCACAAAUUGUUACUACUAGCCAGCCACAGCAACGGCUCAUCAUGCCUGCCACCCCACUGCCACAGAUCCAGCCAAACCUCACUAACCUGCCGCCGGGCACGGUGCUGGCACCUGCUCCAGGGACAGGGAAUGUGGGUUAUGCAGUGCUUCCAGCUCAGUACGUCACUCAGCUACAGCAGUCUUCAUAUGUGUCUAUAGCAAGCAACUCUAACUUUACUGGUACACCAGGUGUCCAGACCCAGGCAAGGCUUCCAUUCAAUGGCAUAAUCCCAUCAGAGUCUGCCAGUCGGCCCCGAAAGCCCUGUAAUUGUACAAAAUCGCUGUGUUUGAAAUUAUAUUGCGAUUGCUUUGCAAAUGGUGAAUUUUGCAACAACUGCAAUUGUACUAAUUGUUAUAAUAAUUUGGAACAUGAAAAUGAAAGGCAAAAAGCAAUAAAGGCAUGCCUUGACAGAAAUCCAGAAGCUUUUAAGCCUAAAAUAGGGAAAGGAAAGGAGGGAGAAUCAGAUCGACGUCACAGCAAAGGAUGUAAUUGCAAACGAUCAGGAUGUCUUAAAAACUACUGUGAAUGCUAUGAGGCAAAAAUAAUGUGUUCCUCAAUAUGCAAAUGUAUUGGCUGUAAGAAUUUUGAAGAAAGCCCAGAAAGGAAGACAUUGAUGCACUUGGCAGAUGCAGCUGAAGUAAGGGUACAGCAGCAGACCGCGGCGAAGACUAAGUUAUCCUCUCAGAUUUCGGACUUGCUUACUAGACCAACACCAGCGUUGAACAGCGGAGGAGGAAAGUUACCAUUUACAUUUGUAACUAAGGAAGUAGCUGAAGCCACGUGUAAUUGCCUUCUUGCCCAGGCUGAGCAGGCAGACAAGAAGGGAAAAUCAAAGGCGGCAGCUGAACGGAUGAUACUUGAGGAAUUCGGACGAUGCUUGAUGAGCGUCAUCAACUCUGCAGGAAAAGCAAAAAGUGACCCUUGUGCUAUGAAUUGUUAACUCUUGCACAAAAGACUGAUAAAUGGAACUGUACAGAAAUUUGAAAGUGCAGGGACACUUGAUUUUCUGGAAGAUAGUUUAACAAUUACUGUAUUGUUAAUUAAAUCCUUGUGAGACCUGAAAUUAUAAUAUUGAGAGAGAAGAAAUUUUAAAUGAGGAAAUUAGUACGUUUUAAAUCUGCUUAUACCCCUUCUAAAUUGAACUUUUCUUUAUUGUAUUAUAUAGAUUUUUAAUUUGCUUGUGUUUCUUAAGAAUUAGAUGUUCUAUCCUCUGACUCUAUUGACAAAGAACAUUUAUAAAUUAUAAUUUAUAAUGUAUGGCGUUGUAUGACUUUGUUCAGUAGAAAAAGCCAAAGCAGCAUUGGUGUUACCCAUUCUCUGGUACUAGACCUAGAAUAUAAGCAGAUAGAACGUCUACAUAAACAAAUUCUUAUGAAACAUAUUCCAAUGUCAUUGUGUUUAGAAAAGCACUAAAUUUAAAGAAAAAUUGACUUUUUAAGGUGGAUUCUGGAAGAAUAUCCUAUUGUCACUUUGGGAAUGUCCGAAGGGGAAGUAAUCCAUAGGCACACUUUCAAAAUAAAAGUUAUUUUGUUGUUUUGGAAAACCAUAUAAAACAUUUAAGGGAUAGUAAAUUAAUUCUCAAAGGAUGGGCAGUGUGUUUUUAUAACAAGAAGUGACUAAGAAAUGCUCUGGGAUGUUUUCAUUUUCUUUCAAGGAGGUAGUAUGUAUUUGAAAUAAUAAAUUGUCAAGGUGAUUACUGGGUACUAUUAAAAUGAAAGGUUCCUAUAAAUAGAAGCUAAACAUAUUAGGUAGUGGUAAAAUAGAACCUUAUAUAAUAAUCAGGUAUAAAAGUUGAUUUGGGUGGAGAAAUAAAGUAUAUUGAAGCUCUAAGAGAUUAACAUAGGGAAGGAUUUUUCAUUUAUAUAAACAAUUUUCUUUAUAGACUUUUGAACUAAGAGGUUUCAAACCAAUGUAUGAGUUAUUUGAUUUACUGAAAUGGGCCUUCUGAAAAAGCUUUCAAAAUUGUAGUGGGUAUUUUUUUAAUAAGGGAAGCUUAAUAUGGCAUUAUUUUUAGUCAGUGAUUUGAUAAGCUGAAGGUAUGAGUGUUUUCAUAUAACUACUAAAAUAACCGAAGUUGUUUUCAGAAAUCCAAAAGCUUUAUGAAUUUAAGGGCCUGUUAUAAUAGGCCUCUAGAUUUUAUGACAAGAAAAAACCAUGUUGGAAUUCAGGCAUUUUCGUAGGAACCUUAAUCCUCAAUAAUUAUUAGUAUAUGAUUAUUACAUUUCCUGCAAGGAAUCUAUAGUUGUAUGUAUUAAGUGUGUAUAUAUGUUCAUAUGAACAUGCAAGAUAAAGGCAAUAGAAAUUAAGUAAUCCAAAAGAUUCUGUUAUUCAUUAAAGUAUCUUCCUAUUGAAAUUUGGAUUUAUAAAAUUGUAGUGCAGUGAACUUUAAAUGUAGAUAGUGCAAACAUUCUUAGCACCUCUAUCUAGUAUGUUUAAUUAAAAUUUGUAUAAAUGUAAAUUAGUGUAAGAGGAUAAAGUAAUAUCUAAUCAAGUUAUUUUUCAAAAGAUUACAAUACCUUUUGGGUCUAAACCUAAACUUUGUUCAUUUUGUACAUAUUCUGUGUUUCAAUUCUAAUUGCACCUUUGUGAUGUGUAUUUAUAUAACAGUGUGCAGAAAAUGUUUGUGAAAUUUGGAUUACAAUUAUAGAUUAUGUAUGAUGACGUUGCUUGAGAAUGUUUUGCUUGUAAAAAUUUAUAAAGGUGCAAUCAAAUGCUACUAGUUUUUCUGAUUUUCAAGAAGCUAAAGUAUUAAGGCUUUUCCUUUGUGUGUAGUACUUACUAAACAACUUUUUGUAUUUAGGCAUUUGCAUCAAAUUGCUGAACAAGAUUAAUAUCCACAUUAAUUCAACAAUUUUAAAAGACUAUUUGGGGAGGGUUGGGUAUAUAAUUUUUUAGCUCUAUUUACAUCCCAAAGUAGAAAGAUUAAAUUUAUAUUUACUAGAGCUAUUCAAAGAAUACACUUUUCUAUAUUGUAAAAACAUGACAGCAAAGUAAAUCAUACAAAAAAUAAACAUUUAUACUAUUCUCUAAAAAAA